GUACGUAAGUUUGUAAAGAAAUUAAGGAAGCAAAAUGGCAGAAGCAAAGGUUCUUCGCAUGAAUGCAGCAGAUCAUGAAAUUAGCUAUGCUAAUAAUUCAGUUUUCCAAAAAGCAGUAAUAUCAAAGGUAACACCAAUCAUUGAAGAAUCCAUUAGAGAUAUGUUCAAGGAAAUGGCUCCAGCUUGUAUAAAGGUGGCAGACUUGGGUUGCUCUUCAGGACCUAACACCUUCCACACUAUAUCUCAAGUUAUUGACACUAUCCAUGGGAUAUGUAAGCGAGAAGAGUUGAAAUUUCCAGAGUUUGAAGUGCUUCUAAAUGAUCUCCCAGACAAUGACUUCAACUCUGUGUUUAGGUCGGUUCCUGAUUUCAUUGAGAGGAUGAAGAAAACGAAAGGAGAUAUGGUGCAAGAAAGGUGUUUUAUAGGAGGAGUUGCAGGCUCUUUCUAUGACAGACUCUUUGCAACUAGAAGCCUCCACUUUGUCAAUUCUUCGUAUGCGCUUCAUUGGCUAACACAGCUCCCAGUUGGGCUAGAGAACAAUAAGGGAAACGUAUACAUGGCAAGAUCAAGUCCUCCCAAUGUUUUCCAAGCAUAUGCCGACCAAUUUCAGAAAGACUUCACAAAUUUUCUAAGCUUGCGCUCCAAAGAAAUUAUAUCCCAAGGCCGUAUGGUGCUAACCUUUAUGGCUAGGAAAAAUGUCGACCCCUCCAACGAAGACUAUGGCUGGGAGCUUGUUGCUAAAUCACUUCUUGAUUUGGUUGCGCAGGGAGCUGUAGAAGAGAGAGAUGUGGAUUCAUUCAACCUUCCUUUUAUACACCUUGCAAAGAAGAAGUGGCUGAGAUUGCGGAGAGGGAAGGAUCAUUUGAAAUUACUGAUCUACAAGUUUUCGAAGUGGAUGCCGAUCCUAUAA